UUAAACAAAACUCUAAAUGAUCAUCAAUUGAUCUUCCCUAUGUACCACCCCACCUCGUCUUUCUCGGCUCCCUCACGAUUCUUACUUACAGCCGAAGCAAAUCAAAGUCCACUCUCUCUCUCUCUCUCUCCUUCUCUUCGACGAUCAAUCCAAAUGCUUGAGAGAAAAUAACGCUUCACACAAAAAGAAUUGACCUACUACUACCAGUGAAGCAUUAAGCAAUCAUAUUCAUAUUCAUAUUCAUGGGCGGCGACCUAGCCUCCUCUCUCAUCUCCUCUUCCGAAGAGGAAUCGUUGCUGGAGCAAGAGUUUCCAGAACUAUCACUUGGAUUACCCCCUGUUCUCGGGGACGAUGGUCUGAGCGCCAAUAUGGAGAAUAGUGGUGAGAACGGGGUGGUGUUUGGGGAAUUUGAUGACGUGGGUCGUCGAAUUUCUUCGACUUCUUUGGAUUUCAAGGCCGAUCAAAGGAGGAGACGCAGUGUUUACAGGGAUGUUUUGAACAGUUACGAUGAAUCGUGGCCUCGGGACUUGAUUUCGGAGAAUUUGUACGAGGCCAAAAGUGAAAUUCUGAGCUAUAUCCCUGGAGCAUGGAUUGAGAAGGUGGGUGGCAUGAAGUUGAGUGACUAUGAUGUCCCAAAUACAACCUCACUCUUAUUGAUUGGUCCAAAAGGAUCUGGAAAAAGCAGUCUUGUCAACAAAAUUUCAAGGGUGUUUGAAGAUGACCAGUUUGCAUCAGACAGGGCCCAAGUUUCAUAUAAUUCAUCUGUUGGAGAUGGGACCUACUUUCUCCAGGAGUAUAUGAUUCCAAGAGGUUCAACUUCUUUCUGUUUAUUUGACACUCGCUGUUUGUCUGAUGAUUCAUCAAAAAACAUGGAAAUGCUGAAGCAUUGGAUGACAAAAGGUGUUCGUCAUGGAGAACUGGUUGUCAGGGACUCUGACAGUUCAACUUUAAAGACCAGAAUGAUGUGCAAAGCUCGUCAGAGUGGUUACUACUCUAGUGAGAUCCGGAUGGUUAAUUUUGUUAUAUUUGUUGUUAAUGGGCUUUCAGUUCUGAAAUCCUUGGACUCUGAUGAUGAAGCAGAGAAAAACUAUACUCAAUUAAUUGCCACAACAUUCAACUGCCCAUUCUUGUCAUUCAAAGAUGACAAGCCUGUAAUUGUUGUCACACAUGGAGAUUUACUUUCAAUUCCUGAGCGUGCUCGGGUUCGCGUGCAUUUGGGAGAGCUGCUGGGUAUUCCUCCAACUACACAAAUUUUUGAUAUCCCAGAAAACCGUGAUCUAACAACCAAGUUGGUGAUAGUAGACAUGCUACGUUAUUCGCUAGAGCAUGCCGAUAGAAAUCUUCCUGGAAAGAAAUGGUUUUUGGGCAAGGUUUGUACAGUAUAUCUACGAGCGUGUCUAUUCAUGUUAAUUAUCCUGGGGAUUGCCAUUAUGACAGCCCAUAUUCGUGGUACCGAUACCCAUCAUGCCCAGAUGCGUCGUGCCUCUCCGGCCCAUCAUGCCAAUGCACAUCAUGGCCCUCCGCCCCUGCAGGCCCAGACACAUCGGUCCCCUCUGGCCCAGCAGGCCCAGACGCAUCGGUCCCCUCCGCCCCAGCAGGCCCAGACACAUUGUGCUCCUCCGCCCCAGCAGGCCAAGAAGCGCCGUACCCCUCCGCCGAGUACUACUAUGGAUUGGCAUGCAAUCCGCCACCUGUGGCUGGGAUCAGAGUAUGAUUAACUUGUGUGUCUAUUUAUGUUCAUAAAAUCAAAAAACAUCUCACGGAUGAAUGUGUAUAUGUUUGGAAGCGUAUAUGUUUGUGAUCUGUGCAUACGUUCUUGAAAUCAGGAAUACUUUCAUUUCACUCUUGUAUUAUUAUGUCGCUCUUAUUUCCCUUUUUUCUUUUUCUUGUCAGUACUGUUUAAUUGGUAUUACUUGGUAUGCCAUAAUUGUAAAUUUGUGCUGCA